AUGUACCACUGGAUUCUGGGACAGAUCACUUGGCCGCGUGGCAUACUAGGCCUCAUUCUCGUCACUCUGAUCGCUCUAUACUGGUUCACCCGGGUGCCGGGCUCCAUGCCACGAAAUAUUCCCACAGUCCCGAUCUACAUCUCCCUGCUUGGUCUCUGGAGCGACAUGGGACAAGACGAUAUCUACGACCGCUGGCUACGUGAACCACUUGAACGAUACGGCGCAGUGAAGAUAUGGUUUGCUGGACGAUGGAACGUUCUUGCCACCCGACCUUCAUUUUUGGUAGACAUGUUCCGACACGAGGAUGUCUAUGCCAAGGCGGGCAGUCAGAAGAAGAUACCGUGGAGUGUGAUUGCGUCGUUGGUGGGAGACAAUAUCAUCAACAGUCAUGGGGAGACAUGGCGAUUGUAUACCUCGAUUAUGAAGCCCGGCUUGCAAAGACGAAUCACUGACUCAAGGCCUCUAUUGGAAAAGUCGAGAAAAUUCGUGGAUAUAAUCUUGGAGGAGCAGCAAAUCUUGGGGCCUGGUCGAGGCGUGCUUGUGAAUCCUAUCAUUCAACGAUGGGCGAUUAGUUGUAUGGGGAUUCACUUUAUGGACGUCGAUCUUGAGGCCAUCGAGAGACCAGGUCAACGCCUGGAAGUACUUCAGACCAUCAUCAAAAAGACACUGUUCCACCCCCUCUUCUUCAACUUUCCACAACUUGACCGGUACCCAUACAUCUUUCGCCAACGCAAGGUUGCUUUUGGAAUCAUGCAAGAAUUCGGGGAUCUUCUCUGCGAGACGGUCAAGCAGAGACCCUCCCAUGACGAGACCGCCGACGGCGACCAAGUCGUCGAUUACCUCGACCGCGCUCUCAAAGAAGGCCGAAUCACAGAAGAGCAAUAUCGGGCCAAUCUCAAAGUAACAUUUCUUACCGCUCAUGAAAACACCCAACAACUCCUCAAUUCUACCUUCUGGGUCCUCGGUCAAAACCAAGAUAUACAGCAAAGACUUCGCGCGGAGAUUCUUGCAACGGGAGAAGAAGACCCUUCGACGGAAUUAGUCCAUUCUCUUCCGUAUCUCUUUGCCGUCAUCCUUGAAUUACUCCGUCUCUACCCGCCUGUCUCUCAAUUAAUCAAUCGCGUGACAACUUCCGUGGCCGUGCUAGGCGGGAAAGUGGCUAUACCAAAUCAUACCUGGGUUGGAUGGAAUGCAUUUGGCGUCCACACUGACCCCAGUGUAUGGGGCUCCGACGCCAGGGAGUUCAACCCAGAUCGAUGGGGCAAGGAUGUGAAAAGUAUUCAGAGUACAUUGCGCAGCAAGACGACUCAGUGUCAUUUUAUUGCAUUCAAUGCGCAUUCAAGAAAGUGUCUCGGGCAAGGCUUCGCGGUGCUUCAGAUGAAGAUUCUUCUGUUUGAGAUGCUGAGGCGGAUCGAGUGGACGGUCGAUCCUCAGUAUGAGUUUAAAUUGACGUCGGGAGGAAUCAUGGCUCCUCUGGGACUUCGAGCGGUCAUCAACGAACGGAAGAGAUGA